GCCAGCCCAGUACCCCCACCGCGGGCCCUCAUCCAGAGCCGCUCUGUUCCUUGGCAGGCUGAAUGCUAUUUUCCUGAGGCUUCCUUUCUCUCUCCUCCCUCUCCCUCCUCCGCCUCCCUGCGGGGGCCGGGGCGGGCGGGAGGCGGAGGCAGCCCUGUUAUAGAAAAGGACCGCUGAGCCGGUGGGGAGAGCGCCGGGCUCCUCCACCAUCCACAGCCCGCCAGACAGCCGCCUGCCCUGGACCCCCGCCUGGACCCCCGCCUGCCCUCGGCCAUGGCUCCUCUGCCACUCCCCUGGCUGCACCGCUGGGCUGCCCUCUGCCAUCUGGCCCUGCUGCUGGCCGGACAGCCCCUCGCCGUGACGAAAUGCAGCCGCACUUGCGACAAGAUGACCUCGCCCAUCCCAGUGUCUCGGCUGAUCGGCUAUCGCCGAAAUGAAGAAUCCUGCCGCAAACCCGCCAUCAUCUUCGAGACCAUAAAGCACAGAUUUUUUUGUGCUGAUCCAGAGGAGACAUGGGUCCGGAAAGCCAUGGAGCAUCUAGAUGGCCGGGCUUCUGCUCUGAAUCAAAGUGGUGGCACGUUCGAGAAGCAAAUCGGAGUGAGUACGCCCAGGACCACUCCGGCCACCAGGGGAAUGGACACGUCUUUGGAUUCAGAGCCCAAAGCCACAGAGAAAAGCGGUAGCCAGGAGGCACAGAGGGCCUUGGGGACUUCCCCAGAGCUGCCACCGGGAGUGGCUGGUUCCUGGGGGACCACAUCCCUCUCCACCUCAAAGGCUCCAGAUGGAGGGCCUCGAGCAGGACCCAAGAGAACCGAGCUUUUAAACACGGCUGCUGCCACCACUGCCACGUCUUGGCAGAGUUCUGCUGCCUACCAACCUGGGUCAGGUCUCUGGGCUGAGAGAAAGGCCUCUGAUGCCCCGUCCACCCAGGCCCUCUCCACCCAGGCCUCCUCCACGCAAACCCUCCCGACCCAGACCCUCUCCACCCAGGCCUCCAUCAUUUCACGCACAGCCCAGGAGGACAACGUUGGACCUGAAGGCAAAUCUGUGUGGAUCAAGGGACAGAAUCCCAUGCCAGAGAACUCUCUAGGGCCCAAGAAGAUGGGUCCCCUUUCAGCUCACACAGAUGCUUUCCUGGGGCCCGGAAGCAUGCCCCAUGUCUCCAUGGUCCCUGUCUUCUCUGAUGGAGCCCCCAGCAGGGAGCCAGUGGCCUCAGGCAGCUGGGCGCCUAAGGCGGAGGAGCCCAUCCAUGCCACCGUGGACCCCCAGAAGCUAAGUGUCAUCAUCACUCCUGUCCCCGACUCCCAGGCAGCCACCCGGAGGCAGGCGGUGGGGCUGCUGGCCUUCCUUGGCCUCCUCUUCUGCCUGGGAGUGGCCAUGUUUGCCUACCAGAGUCUGCAGGGCUGCCCCCGCAAGGUGGUGGGGGACAUAGUGGAAGGGCUUCGCUACGUCCCCCAGAGAUGUGGCAGUAACUCGUAUGUCCUAGUGCCCGUGUGAGCUGCCCAUCUGCCUGUGUCUAGUUGUUCAGCUCAGCUGCCUGGGGUUCCCCAUCCUCACCCCCAUCCCCCCCCCGGGGCCUGGCCGGAGCUGGGAUGACCAGAGCAAGGAGGCGGGAUCCUCCAGGUGGGACUGCUCCCAAGUCCCAGGCAUACCCCAGGAGGCCACCCUUAACCAUUCCUGACCUCCUGGGGACAGAGGGGAUAGCCUCCACAUCUCACUCCAGGGUCCCAAGUCACAAAACUCUCCUCUGCUGCUGACUGGUUAGAAGUUCCCUUAAACACCGUCCCAGCUCGAGUGAACAAUUAUUUAUUGAAUGCCCAGCCCCUCUGGUCCGUGUCCCCAUGUGGAACCACGGUCAUCUCAUCUCACGGAUGAGUCUCAGGCCGGGCCCCUUCCACCCGCUCCCUCAGACCCCAUCGUGUCUCUUCGUCCUGCUGCAGUCGCCAGUCACCCCGGCCACCUGCGGUGCUAUCUCCCCCGUCCCCUAUACAGAGCCCACGUCCCAGCCGGGGACCUGUUUUUCCUUGCAUGAGGCUAGUGCGGUGUUUUCUGGGACUGCUCUCAGCGAAGGCUCUGCCCUGAGUUAGGCGUUGCAGGAAGUGGGGAUGAAGUUAUCUGGUGGCUUUGAUUUUUUUCCCUCCUCAGUCUAUGCUGUGCAGUGGAGGAACGUUGACUCUGAGUGUGAAGGCUGGGGUUCUAGUCCCAGGCCCACCACCAACCCAACAAAGCAUUCGGACCACUGUUUCCCGUCUGUGAAAGGAGAGAGGGAUGGCAAAUCUGUGGCAAUAAGCUGUGCCCCUGACAGGCAUCACUAGUUGAUCCAGAGACCCCCCUUCCCCAGAUCCCUGGGUGCAGCCUCACAUGUAUCAGCCAAGCACCCUAGCCAGUCUCCACCAAUCGAUGAGACUGGAGGGCCUGCAAGGGGGAGAUCUGAGGGAGCGGGUCCUGCCCUGUUGGAGGAGUCAGCACUGAGGCUCCCGAGUGGGGCCUGUGCUGGGGUACUCGAGGGGCAGAGACCAACUUUGAAGGCCCCUUCCUGGCUUUGAAAAUAGCCCGUCCUUGUGUCCGCCAGGCCCACAUGGAUACUGAGACAGCAUGGGUGCCUGGCUGAAGGAGGAGGGGAGGCCGGCACGCUCCGGGGCAGGCCUCAAGGAGCCACGCUCCUCCGUUAGGGACUUGGGUCCAGUAUUUGCUCUUUCUUUCCUGCAGCCUGGGUUCCCCUUCCUCCUCUAGCCCCUUGAAGACACUGUUCUCCAUGCUCCAAGAUCUUCUUCCCCUUACCUUGGCCCUCACCGCAGGCAGGGCCAGGAGUUCCCAUGACGUUUUCCAUGAGAUCAGAAUGCACUGUUGAAACCUGAGCUUCCGUGUUUACUUCUGAAAGGGACUCUGUCCCCUCUGUGGGAGGGCCGGCCCUGGGAAGGGAGGUUGUGGGCAUGACGUCAGGGGUUCCCUUUUUGGCUGCUGAGGACUCAGGCAGGCCUGGUUGGGGCUGGAGGCUGACGGUCGGCACCCCGCGGUCAGAGCUGGACCUGCAGGCCUCCCCCCUCAGGAUCCCUGGUGGCAGCUCCCCAGCACCCUCUGACUGUCCCCAGGGUGACCCUUGCCCUCCACCUGAGGUGCCUCCCAGGGGCUGGGCUUCCCCUAGGUGUGGUGACACGCUCCUUGGCAGGUGAAUGCGCAGAGGAAGCACAUGCAGCUGGUCCAGAGAGAGGGAAGCCUUGUUGCUCUGCCCACCUGGCCCUCCUGCACCCCCCUGCUGGGCAUGGCAUGGGGUGUUUGGGCCUGGCUCGAGUAGGGGGCACUCUCAUGGCUCAGGGAGGGGGACAGGAGGUCUGAAUGCACUUUUUUGGGCUCCUCCAGGCUGGGAGCGUCUUCCAGGGGUGGGGCAUCCAUGAUGGGGCUCCCCUCCUUUGUGAGAAAGCAGCUGGUCCCCCUUCCACAGAUUUUGUUAGUUUCCCCAGGAGGACGUGGACGAGGAUAGUUUGGGGAGGACUUUGGAAGGAGUUGGUUGACCCUUUUGCUUUUUCAACCCCAUCACUAAUGUCUGUGCCAUUUUGUAUUUUACUAAUAAAAUUGAAAAGUCU